AUGGCAGCAGCUCUCCUUGCUCUGUCAGAGUUAACAUGCGGUAAGCGCGAGUCUUUGACACUCCGUGGUGGAGGGGCAGUCGGUUGGAUUGCAGCACUCAGCGAGCUAUUCUUCGGCCUAGCGGUAAGACUCGCGUCCAAGGAUGGAAACCACCUGUACGGGCUGGAGAGUGGUGCCAGGCUUCACCUCAUAUACACAGAAAAGCCAGAACUUAUCCUCGACCACAGUACGAUGCCGCAAUUGGCAAAAGAGGUCACAACUGCCAAUCUUUCCUCACUCUCGCGACAGAUAAAUUUUAUACCUUUCGGUGGCCGUGUGACCUGGCGAACACUUCUUCCUCAAGUUUUCGGGCAUGAUUUUCACGUCUUGGAACAUGAACACUCCAAAGUCAUGUACACAGCCAUCGGAAGCGCCUUUAGAGCUAUCGAGGAUGCCAAGGACAACUCAUCAAUCAGUGUGAAACAAGGCCCUCACGCGUCUCUAGCGAGUCAUGCGCCAUAUGUCAGUGCCGUACUAUUGAUUGAGACGCUCACCUCCCGCCUUUAUGGUCUGCAGCGUGGUGCAGCGAGGAUGGAAAGACAGCUCAAGCUUACUCCACAGGAGGCCGCGAAGCUGCACCUCGAGCAGUUGCGUCUCCUGGCUGAUCAAUGUCCAUGCAUCUCUUAUCAUGAAGAAACUGCUGGUCAAUGCGGUCGCAUAUUAACGAGGCCUAAAGAUGUCAAUGAUAUCGAGCCUGGCUACUGUCUCCCGUCUAUUGUCACCACAAUCAUCACCAUCGUUCUGCUCCUUUCCCGCAUUGUGCUAGAACAACCAAUCAACCCAAGCAAAGAGGGUGUCCAGCUUCUCUACAAGCUUCGAAGCACUCGAUUCUCCACCUCGCUCAGUCACGACACAACGUCUUCAAGCCCGAACAACAUCGCGGCAUACUACGACAACAUCUUUACUGCCCCUACAGGUCUGAUCUGCCGCAUGGCAGUGAAGCUUUUUGCUGGUGGUCAUUUACCUCCCUUGGGCAGCGAUCUCCUGCCUACUGAAAGUGUAGCAAUAGCUCACGAAGGGAUUUGUGCCUACGCCGCCGAGCUUUGCAACGGAAAAGGGUCGCGCAAGGACUACCAUGGCAUGGUAAUGGUUGUGAAUGGUGGUCUUGCGAUCAGGCAGAAGUCGUACUGUCUAGCUGUUUGGAGUGCUGCAAAGCCGGGCGGCAGAGAAGGCUGGCAGUGGGAGGACAUAAAGUUGAGCCAUUUAUAUGAAACAGGUGGUGGAAGACUAUGGAUGAAAUAG